UUCGCUUGGAAUUUGAACUUGCUCUUUCGUGAUACUUUGUCGCAUGUCAAGACGUGUACGAUACAUGCAGGCAGCUUGUGAGAGUUGCAGGAUGUACUGCACUCAAUGAUGUAAGAAAUAGGCAAAAUUUUGUCUAAAUAAAACCUAAUGAAAUCGACUUGAACUACAAAAAUGGCAGAAAUCAUCGGUUCUGCAAGCUUCCUUCACUUAGGGGACAUCGUCUCCUUAUUUGCUGAAGGAACUGUUUGUGGAUUUCUUAGCACAUUAGGCCUGGUCGAUGACCGAACCGUGGUCUCUCCGGGCGCAGGAGACCUCACUAAUCCACCUAAAAAAUUCAGAGAUUGUCUCUUUAAAAUAUGUCCCAUGAACCGAUAUUCCGCCCAGAAACAAUUCUGGAAGGCAGCAAAACAAAAUUCAAAUUCUACAUCUACCACUGAUGCAGUACUUCUCAAACGUUUACAUCAUGCUGCUGAGAUAGAGAAAAAACAAAACUAUUCUGAGCAUAAGAAACUCUUAGGACUAAUUGUCCAAUAUGGUAGUGUUGUCCAGCUAUUGCAUCUUAAAUCAAAUAAAUAUUUAACAGUGAACAAACGCCUCCCAGCAUUAUUAGAAAAAAAUGCAAUGCGCGUUUACCUUGAUGCAAAUGGGAAUGAGGGUUCUUGGUUCUAUAUUCUACCAUACUACAAACUACGGUCCACCGGUGACAAUGUUGUGGUUGGGGAUAAAGUAAUCAUGAACCCUGUUAAUGCAGGGCCUCAAGUUCUUCAUGUCUCCGCAAAUCAUGAGCUUCCAGACAACCCUGGCUGUAAAGAGGUGAAUGUUGUGAACAUGAAUACACCAUGGAAGGUGAACCUUUUUAUGGAGCACCAGGAGAAUCAAGAAGAAAUUUUAAAAGGAGGGGAUGUUAUCAGGCUUUUUCAUGCCGAACAAGAAAAGUUCUUGACAAUGGAUGAAUACAAAAAGAAACAACACGUCUUUCUAAGAACUACUGGAAGAACUUCUGCAACAGCUGCGACUAGCAGUAAAGCACUUUGGGAAGUGGAGGUAGUUCAGCAUGAUAAUUGUCGUGGUGGAGCAGGACAUUGGAAUUGCUUAUUCAGAUUUAAACACCUUGCUACAGGGCAUUAUUUAGCAGCAGAAGUCGAUUCUGAUAAUACUAUGGACCAAAUGCGGUCUAAACUUCGAGAUCCACCUGGAGGUCCAGUUUAUCAUUUGGUUUCUGUUCCACAUACUAACGAAAUUUCUUCUUUAUUUGAACUGGAUCCUACCACCCUUACUAGAGGUGAUUCGCUUGUUCCUCAGUCUUCAUAUGUGAGGUUGCAUCAUUUAUGUACUCAUACGUGGGUACAUAGCACCUCCAUACCGAUUGACAAAGAUGAAGAGAAACCAGUGAUGUCCAAAGUCGGGUGUGCUCAUAUAAAAGAAGAUAAGGAGGCAUUUGCUCUUAUUCCUGUUUCUCCCACAGAAGUAAGGGACUUGGAUUUUGCAAAUGAUGCUUGUAAAGUACUUGCAGCUAAUUCCACUAAAUUAGAGAAAGGUACCAUAUCAUCAAAUGAAAGAAGAGCUGUUACAAGUUUACUGCAGGACAUUGUUUAUUUUAUUGCUGGUUUGGAAAACGACCAAAACAAAUCUGAAGCUUUGGAAUUGGUUGUUACAAAUCCAAACAGAGAUAGACAAAAAUUGUUAAGAGAACAAUACAUUCUCAAGCAGUUAUUUAAGAUAUUACAAGCUCCAUUCAUGGAAUCUUCUGCAGGAGAAGGGCCUUUUCUGAGGAUAGAAGAACUUGGAGAUCCUCGUCAUUCACCGUACAAAUACAUGUUUAGAUUAUGCUACAGAAUAUUACGUUUGAGCCAGCAAGACUACAGGAAAAAUCAGGAAUAUAUUGCUAAACAUUUUGGCUUUAUGCAAAAACAAAUUGGUUAUGAUAUACUUGCUGAAGAUACUAUUACUGCACUUCUUCAUAACAACAGAAAACUCCUUGAAAAGCACAUAACAGCAGCUGAAAUAGAAACUUUCGUCGGCUUAGUCAGGAAGAAUAUGAACAAUUGGGAAUCCAGGUUUCUGGAUUAUCUUUCUGAUCUUUGCAUUUCAAAUAAAAAAGCCAUUGCGAUAACACAAGAGUUGAUUUGCAAAAGUGUACUUAGUUUUAAAAAUUCUGAUAUUCUUAUUGAGACAAGGAUGAGUAAGAUGCCUCAGGAACCAAAUGGAGAUGAUGGUGGUUUAGAAAAUGAGGAACCCUGCGUAACUCUCCUUUGGGACAAUAGAACGAAAUUUGGUAAUCUUGUCGAUUUAUCUCACGAAGCAAAGAUGGGAAAUCAGAUGUACAUCGCUUUAUUGGAUUAUUACAGACACCAGCUUAACUUAUUUUCAAACAUGUGUCUCAACCGACAAUAUUUAGCCUUAAACAAUCUUUCACCAAAUUUGGACAUUGAUCUCAUUUUGAAGUGUAUGGCAGAUGAAAAUGUUUCUUACGAAUUAAGAGCGUCAUUUUGCCGUCUAAUGCUACAUCUACAUGUGGAUAGAGAUCCUCAGGAGCCGAUUACACCUGUAAAAUAUGCGCGCCUUUGGUCUGAGAUUCCUUCUAAAAUGUCAAUAAAUGAUUAUGAUACAGAUAAAACUCCCGAUCUCAACAAAGAAGCAGUCAGGGCACGAUUCAGCUCCACAAUUAUGUUUGUUGAGGAUUAUUUGUGCAAUGUUGUUGCAAAAAUGUGGAGCUUUACUGACCAAUCCCAAAAUAAAUUAACCUUUGAGGUGGUGAAACUUGCCAGAGAGUUGAUUUAUUUUGGAUUCUACAGUUUCAGUGACUUGCUUCGUUUAACAAAAACUCUUUUGAGUAUUCUUGAUUGUGUUUCUGAAAACGACAUUAGCAGGAAAAUUCCCACUGCAGAAAUUCAUUCUGAGGGUGGUGUUUUGCGAUCUAUCGGUGAUAUGGGGGCGGUUGUUACGGGUUUGACAUUGGCCACAGGCAUAACAAGAUCGAACCUGUCAACUCCAGUUCCUCAUAAAAACACCGCUCAGCAUAAAAAAGAAUAUCCUCUCGUUAUGGAUACCAAGCUUAAAAUUAUUGAAAUAUUACAGUUUAUUCUUGAUGUUCGUUUGGACUACCGUAUAAGCUGUCUACUCUCGAUUUUCAAAUUUGAAUUUGAUAGCUCAGAAAAACCUGUAGACACACUGCCAAUCGGGCAGAAACCAAUUGAUCUCGAGGUUAUUGGUACUCAAGCAGAAGGCAUAUUUGGAAAUAGCGGUGAAUGUGAGGCCCUUGACUUAGAUGGUCAUGGUGGUAGAACAUUUUUAAGAGUACUUCUUCAUCUUACCAUGCACGAUUACCCUCCUCUUGUCUCUGGUGCCUUGCAUUUAUUGUUUAGACAUUUCAGUCAAAGACAAGAAGUGCUGCAAGCAUUUAAACAAGUUCAAUUACUCGUGUCUGAUAGUGAUGUUGAAUCUUAUAAACAAAUCAAAUCUGAUCUGGACGUUUUAAGACAGUCAGUAGAAAAGUCUGAACUUUGGGUUUACAAGUGCAAAACCGAAGACGGCUUACCGAAAUUAAAGGAUAAAGAAAAAGACGACGAUGAUGAUGGUGGAAGUUCAGACGCUAUGAAAAAAAUUAUGUUAAGAGAUGCUGGUAAACAAAAUUCAGCAAGUGAUAUAGAUCCACUGUUAAAUACAGAUCAAGUCCAUGAAUAUAAAAAAAUUCAACAGAUCCUGCAUCGUAUGAAUGCUCUGUGUGUUUCAAGUAAUGGCAAACCAAGGAAACACGAACAAAGAUUGUUAAGAAACGUUGGGGUGCACACUGUUGUUCUUGACCUCUUGCAGGUCCCUUACGAUCAAAAAGAAGAUACAAAAAUGAAUAACCUUAUGAGUCUGGCACAUCAAUUUCUUCAUAAUUUUUGCCUCGGGAAUCAACAAAACCAAGUUCUUUUACAUAAACAUUUAGACCUUUUCUUGAAUCCUGGGAUUCUCGAAGCCGAGACAGUUUGCAGCAUUUUUCGAGAGAAUUAUACACUAUGCAAUGAAGUAAAUGAAAAAGUGAUUCAGCAUUUUAUUCAUUGUAUUGAAACACAUGGAAGGCAUGUCCAGUAUUUGAAAUUUUUCCAAACUAUUGUAAAAGCUGAAAACCAGUUUAUACGCAAAUGCCAAGAUAUGGUUAUGCAAGAGUUGGUAAAUGCUGGUGAGGAUGUCUUGGUGUUUUACAAUGAUAAAGCUUCUUUUACACAAUUUGUCUCGAUGAUGUUAUGUGAAAGGCAUCGUAUGGAUGAAUCUAGCCCUCUCAGGUACCACAUUGAGCUUGUCAAAUUGCUUGCAUGUUGCACAAUGGGCAAGAAUGUGUACACUGAGAUAAAAUGCCAUUCUCUACUUCCUUUGGAUGAUAUAGUUGCAAUGGUUUCACACCCAGAUUGCAUCCCGGAGGUUAAGGAGGCAUAUACCAAUUUCCUUAAUCAUUGUUACAUCGAUACUGAGGUAGAAAUGAAAGAAAUCUAUACGUCAAAUCACAUAUGGAGUUUGUUCGAAAAAAGUUUUAUUGUUGACAUGGGCGUUGUUUCUAAUGGACCUCAUGAUAGAAAGCAUGCCGAUAUCGCUAUGGAAAAUUAUGUAACAACUACAGUAAUGGCAAUAAUAACGACUUUUUUCUCUAGCCCUUUUUCUGAUCAGUCAACAACAGUACAGACCCGUCAACCCAUCUUUGUUCAGUUAUUGCAUUCAGCAUUCAGAGUUUCUCAAUGCUCUUGGCUUAAUCCAGCUCAGCAUUUUAAUGUUGAACAUUGCAUUCAAACUCUGGUGGAAGUUGCGAAAAAUAGAUCCAUUGCAAUCCCAUCUGAUCUUGAGGGGCAGCUAGCAACUAUGUUCACUAAAAUUAAUCUCCUUUGUCGCCAGACCAGCAAAUGGUUGCAAGCUUCAAAGACUCCUAAGAUAGAAAGAUCUCAAUCACAACUAAUGAGAUUAGACCGAAGUAUAAUUGAAGGACUGCAAGAUAUUGUCCUUUUACUUGAAGAUCAGCUAAAACCUUUGGUUCAAGCUGAGCUUUCGAUGCUUGUGGACGUUCUUUACAGCCCUGAAAUGUUAUUUCCGUACGGGACAGAAGCGAGGAAACGUUGUGAAAGUGGAGGUUUUAUUAGAAGACUCAUUAAACACACUGAAAAGUUAUUAGAAGAAAAGGAAGAAAAGUUAUGUGUGAAAGUUUUAAGGACUCUUCGCGAGAUGAUGGCAAUCGACUCUGAAUACGGAGAAAAAGGUGAUGUAUUAAGAUCAAAUCUUUUGGCUCGAUAUUUUGGUAAACAGUUCGUUCAGAAUACCGAAGCGACUCAGGUCGAUCUAUUAGUCACACCACAACCUUCUACAUUGUCACAUGGUCCUGGAGGCAAACUAUUGAGCAGGGCAGGAAGGACGCUUCAUGAUGUCCAGUGUCAUUUAGACCGGGAAGGCGCUUCAGAUUUAGUUGUGGAACUUGUAAUUAAAUCCGUUCAUUCCCCUUCUAUAUUUGUGGAAGCGGUAGAACUAGGAAUCGCUCUCCUAGAAGGAGGAAAUCCUAUUAUUCAAAAAAGCAUGUAUAACAAGUUGGUUGGAGGCGAUUUGAGCCAAGCGUUCUUCAAGGUUUUUUAUGAUAAAAUGCGUGACUCGCAACAGGAAAUUAAAUCUACAGUUACUGUCAACACAUCAGAUAUGGCUGCAAAAGCACAUGAGGACAAAGAACAAAGUAAAGAAAUUGAAAAAUUAAAUAAACGUAAAGGUAAAACAAAUGGUAUGAUAAUAACAGAAGAAAUCCGAGAAGAAUUGAAUCAAGCAGCAGCUGUUACAUCGCAAGCGUACGCUGGUGCACGAGCUCUUUUACCAGGAGAAGAAGGAAAUUCUAUUAUUAUCGGUGGCAGUUCAGCUCUUGAAGAUAUGCUGGCUGAAAAGUUAGAACGUGCAAGAGAUCAAGAAGAUCAACAUUUAUCCGAGAAAGUUUUAGUCAUGCAGCCCAUUUUAAGAUUUUUACAACUUCUCUGUGAAAAUCACAACCGUUAUUUACAGAAUACUUUACGUCAUCAAAAUAACAAGAGUAAUUACAAUCUAGUUUCUGAAACACUCAUGUUCUUGGACUGUAUAUGCGGCUCAACGACAGGGGGACUUGGCCUCCUUGGACUUUAUAUCAACGAGUACAACGUGUCUUUAAUUAAUCAAACACUCGAAACAUUGACUGAAUACUGUCAAGGGCCAUGUCAUGAUAAUCAGAACUGCAUUGCGACCCAUGAAUCCAACGGCCUCGACAUAAUAACAGCCCUAAUAUUAAAUGACAUAAACCCAUUAGGCAAGACGAGAAUGGACCUGGUUUUAGAGCUGAAAAAUAAUGCUUCAAAAUUACUACUAGCAAUAAUGGAAAGUCGUGGUGAUAGCGAGAAUGCUGAGCGUAUUCUGUACAACAUGAACCCAAAACAAUUGGUCGAUGUCGCAUGCCGUGCAUUCCAUCAAGAAAUUCUAGAGGAUGGUCUUGAUGCUGAUGAUAAUGCAACAGAAGCUGAAGAAGAUGGCGUUUCACCUAAGGAAGUGGGCCAUAAUAUUUAUAUUUUAUGCCAUCAGCUGGCCCAACACAAUAAGGAUCUGGCGGAAUUGUUGAAACCAUCUGAAAUCAAUAUAGACCCAAAAAUCAAUCAAGCUUUAGAAUAUUAUGCAUCGCAUACCGCUCAGAUUGAGAUCGUACGUCAUGAUCGGACUUUAGAACAAAUUGUAUUUCCUAUCCCGGAAAUAUGCGAGUAUAUUACCCACGAAACGAAAGUUAAAGUGUUACAUACUGCUGAAAGGGACGAUCAAGGUUCCAAAGUAUCCGAUUUCUUUGAACGCUCUGAUGAUAUGUUUAACGAAAUGAAAUGGCAGAAAAAACUCAGAGGUCAACCAGCAUUGUUUUGGGUCAGCAGCUAUAUGUCAUUAUGGAGUAAUGUUUUAUUUAAUUGUGCUGUUCUCAUCAAUCUAAUAGUCGCCUUUUUCUAUCCAUUUACAGAUACAGUCCCAAAACUAGGAGCACAUUUGUCAGGACUUAUUUGGGCUGUCAUGUUAAUUUCAGCGGCAAUAGUAAUUACAUUACCACGAGAAUCUGGAAUAAGAACAUUAGUAGCAUCGACAAUACUACGUAUGAUAUUUUCUGCUGGUCCAGAACCUACAUUAUGGCUUUUAGGAACUUUAACGGUAUUUUUGAAAGGUAUUCAUUUGAUAAGUAUAAUGGGGAAUCAAGGAACAUUUUCUAAAAGUGUAAAACAAAUUUUAUCUGACGCCGAGAUACUCUACCAUCUGUCAUAUGUAAUGUUUUGCAUUUUGGGGCUGUUCAUGCAUCCAUUCUUUUAUUCAGUUUUGCUUCUGGAUGUUGUCUAUCGAGAAGAAACACUAUUGAAUGUUAUAAAGUCAGUUACCAGAAAUGGAAGAUCAAUAAUUUUAACAGCUGUUCUAGCCCUUAUAUUAGUCUACAUGUUUUCCAUUAUCGGCUAUAUGUUCUUCAAAGAUGACUUUUUAGUUCACGUAGAUGAAGAAAUUGGUGAUUCUUCGGUGUCAAAUGUACUUGAAAAUGUUUGCGUCAAAGAGGAUAAUUGCGAAAUAAAAAAUGCAGCGUUAAAGUACACUUUAGGAAAUGCGCUAAAUGAAAAUACAGAUGGCGAAAUAAAAGAAAGAGCGUGUGAUUCUUUGAUUAUGUGUAUUGUUACAACUUUAAAUCAAGGCUUACGUAAUGGUGGAGGUAUAGGCGAUAUAUUGCGAGCGCCUAGCAGUAGUGAGCCGUUAUUUGUUGCCAGAGUUGCUUACGAUCUGUUGUUUUUCUUCAUAGUCAUUAUUAUUGUUUUGAAUCUGAUUUUCGGUGUCAUUAUUGAUACAUUUGCCGAUUUGAGGAGUGAGAAACAACAAAAAGAAUUGGUGUUGAAAACAACAUGCUUUAUUUGUGGAUUAAAUAGGUCUGCGUUUGAUAAUAAAACUGUAAGUUUUGAAGAGCAUAUAAAGUGCGAACACAAUAUGUGGCAUUACCUAUACUUCAUAGUGCUUGUAAAGGUAAAAGAUCCAACUGAAUUCACUGGCCCAGAAAGUUACGUUUAUGCCAUGAUUAAAGACCGCAAUCUAGAUUGGUUCCCAAGACUGAGAGCCAUGUCAUUAUCUGCCGAUGAAAGUGAAGGUGAGCAAAUUGAAUUGCGAAGUUUACAAGCGCAACUUGAAACGACGCAAGUAUUAGUGAAAACGCUCUCGCACCAAUUGUCACAGUUAAAAGAUCAGAUGACUGAACAAAGGAAACAAAAGCAAAGAAUUGGAUUGCUUAACUCAACAUCCUCUUACCUUCAUCAUAGAGGUGAUAUGGCAGACAAUAUGUUGUUCAGGCAGGCUCUAACUGAGAAAAAAUGUUCGACUGGAAAAACCACUCCCAGCGAAUAGUUCAGAUUUUGUUGGUACUGCCGUAA